AUCGUUAUUGAAAUUCUUUGUAAUUAACAGAUUUCCACUCGAAGAGAGACAUUUACGACAGUUUAAAUUUAGAUAUUAUUACUAUUAAGGAGUUUUUCGAAUUUGUUCAUGAACGAAAGGUUUGAGAAGUCACAGUCAUGUCAGUCUUAAAGGUUGCGAAGGAGUUCGUUACGGAUGCAGUUGUGACGUGGAGCACAUCUUCUGUUCUUCGCCACUAUCACACAUGUUUGAUUUUCUUUGUUCCACGGGAGUGUUUCUAAAAUUCCCCUUUUUAAAGGUCUGACAGAAAUGUCCCACGUCGCAUUCUUCACAAUGCUGCAGGUUGAUUUCUAGAGAAACAUUUCUUUGGACAUUCUUCCACUUGAAAUUGUGUAUAUUUGAUACUCAAAGUAUACGAAAAGGGUGGGGUACUAGAAGUCUCAGCUGCUCAUCCCUACCACAAAAGGAUGGAAGUGUCCCCAGGAUUAUAACAUUCUUUCGAAUAGGUUUUAAACGCUGUUCUAGACAUGAGGGAAUUGAAGAAAAAAACUGAAUGUGUUGUCGGGUUGUGAUAUAUAGUCUAGUCCAAAAGAUGAAAGAAGUGUUAUUGAACCAGGUAUUACAGUAUCGGUUAGGUUAGAAAUCUCUUGGUCCAGCGAAAUACUUUGUGGCACAUGCGAGAUUCCGAUAGUCUCAGGUCAAUCUACACAAUAACACAAUUACAUGACAUUGUGUGUUGUGAGAGAUAGGGUACCGUCCCAUUUCUCAUGUUAUGGCGGAUAUGGGAGGAGCCCGGCAUACCAACACCAAGAAAAUUUCUUAUCGCUUGGUAUUAUAGCCCCUCCAAUGAAUACUAUCGUUUGCAACCGCAUACAUCGGAUGUGUAUUCUAAUAUUAUCGACGAAAUGAUAUAGCGAAAUAUCUUUGUAUGUAUGAAGCAUACUCUGUAGUUUGAUAUGCUGUCAAUUUUAUAUAUUUAUAGUAUUUCAGGUAAGCAAACCUAGUGAACACAGGUACUUAGGGACAGAACAAUUUUUUUUUGUGCCUCCAUCUUUUUUCCAAAAUCCGUUAUUUGUUAAUUUCAAUUAAUUUCGGGUUUUUCUGUGAAUAAAUAUACUAACAAUAACAUUUGCUUACAAUCAAUUGCUAGUUUACUAUCCAUCGCGGACAGUGAUAAUGUAUAUAAUAGAACUCAUACUAUCAAAGUAAUGUAAUAAUGGUUGGUUCUGAGGAAGUCACGACUAAAUAUGAAACAAAAACUUUGAUCCUGAGAAAAUAUUGGUUGGUCCUGUCCUAUAUUCUUUUAAAUACAACAUUUGGGUCUGACAAGGUAUUAUUGAAUUUACUAUAAAUAUUCAAAUUAAUGGUUUUGUUCUGGUAACCUAUAUCAUAAAAUAAAAAAAUAUGGUUUUGAUUAUGCAUUGUUUGAAAAGAAAACUGUAAAUAUAGUUAAGUUCACCGUGUAAAACUCCACAUGCGGAGUGUUGGCUAUAAUUGACACGGGAUUGCGGAUUUGAAGGGAAGAAAAACGUUCAAGGGAAGUUAAAGUAUCAAAUUUUCCUUUUUUUGAGAACGGUUAGCUCCAAAUAAUGUAUUGUACGGAAGAAACCGAAACAUAGUCUAUUUCCAACAAGUAAAAACAGACGUUUAUGUGCUCCGUUUUCUCAAACACACCUGCAGACGUUAUCGUGUCGUUGGAAACUUCUUCGAAAUUUAUGAAACUAGGCCAUAUAACCUUCUCCGUGAUCAAUGAAUAGUAUAUGGAGCAAAAUUGUGUUUUUUGCAGUCAACAUUUCACUUAUUCCGCACUGACCGCAACAAUCGCAGUCGUGAUACGGGGAAACCCUUUGCGAAUUUUGGUUAAAUAUUAAUUCUGAAAUGAACGCUCAAUAUUUUAUUGUAUUAUUUUACACCUAUUGCUUAAAAUAGAGGAAAACGGAAAAUGUGAAUUACUAAAACCCAUUUAAAUGUUUACUUGACAGUACUACUGAAAACCGAGAAAUUGUUUUAAUAUCUUUUUUUUCAUAUUGAAUAUUAUUUUGGGGUGGAAACCAUUUUGUCCAGACUAGUUCUCGGAAUUGUAUUGACCGAUGUUCAUGGAACUUCACCAUAAUGAGGGCAAUCACACGUAGUUGUGCACCUGACUUUGGAAUGUGCGAGAUGGCUACCGUUUCCAUGGAAACUCCGAAAUUCGAAAUUUUUAUGGAACAUUCUAGAAAUUUUUAUGCAGUAAUUUGUCCAUUCGAAAUCGAUGGACUGAUAAUGAUAGAACUAUGUCAUAAUAUGACCCACCAUGUGAAGUUGUGCACCUGACUUUUGAAUGUUCAAGAUUGCUUCGGUUGCCAUGGAAAUUGCAAAGUGUGAUUUUUUUUCGAAUUUAUAAAUCAUUGUUCAUCUUUUACUUUUAGACCUAACUUAAUGAAAGUGUAUGAUAGUAUUGUCUGGAAUGUGUAGAUGUGCAAACAGUAUUCGGAAUUUUCAAAAUGGCUGCCAUUGCCAUGGAAAGAAACAGGGGGAGAAUUUGACAUUGAUCCCUACGGGAAAACAAAUAAAAGUAGCAUUUUAUCACAGAAUAUUAAUUCGAAUCCAAUGUUACUGUACUGAAAUGUUACAUGGCAUCUGUCUUUGGAAUUUUUAAAACGGCUGCGGUUACUAUGGAAACAAUCCCUAAAAAAUUGAAAUACUUUAAACUUUCUGAAACUUUACAGAAAUGCAAAAUGUAAAAACGUUUCAAAAUGCUCCAAACUUUCUGAAAAUUAAUAUAAAUGGUGUGUCAAGGAUAGAUAUGCAUUCACUGUUCAAAAUUUUGAAAUGGCUGCCGUUUAGGGGCAAUUGGCGGACCAGGGUGACAUGCGCUAUUGCUUGCAAUGGCAAUUCUAGUUCUCUUUCUUUUCGUUUUUCCAAUUAAAAAAAAAACAUUUUCUUUAAUAUUUGACUUAUUUUCAGAGAUUUAAUGUGUUCUUACUCUUAUUCAAGCGAUUUUACAAUAACAGUAGUUUAUAUAAGGUUCCCCACUAUUCUUAUUGACACAAUAUAUGGGCAUCAUGUAAUUCUUUAUUCUGCGUUACUGUGUGUGUAUUGUUUCCUCCUGGCCCGUAUGGGUGAAAUAAUUAAAUAAGUUAUUAUUUAUUCCUAAAAAUAAUAAAAGUUCCCUCGUAUAUGUUUACUCACAUUGUCAAAAUCAGAAAAUCAGAAAGUUGUUAAACCUAUUCAUUUUUUUAUAUUAAGGAGUCUUUUUCAUAAACUUAAAAAAAAUAUUUAUACAUGUAUAUACAUGUAUUGCUAUACUGAGUUUAAAAUUAUUUUUACUGUUACAUACAUACUGCUGGAGAACUGAAAAUGAGCCUAUAGGAAAAUUGCGGACGCGUAUUAGCGCCACGUUAUUUUUUUUAUCUUUCAAUAUACAUGUACCUUUUCAGAACCAAGUUUUCUAUGUGGAGUUUAGGUCGUUACCUCCUCAGAACCAAUCCUAUAUUUACAGUAAAAGCAAUAACCGUUAUUAACAGUAAAAACAACAAUUAAUAUACCUUGUCAGAACCAAAUUUUCUAUGUAGAUUUAAUUUGAUUACCUCCUCAGAAAAAAACCGUUAUUCACAAUAGAUAAAGCAAAACCAUGUCAAAACCAAAUUUUUGAUCUAGACUUUAGGUCGUUACCUCCUCAUAACCAACCGUUAUUUACAAUAAAUAUAGCAAUAAAUUGUCAGAACCAAUUUUCUAUGUAGACCUUAAGUCUUAACCUCCUUAGAACUAACCGCUAUUUACAAUAAUUAUGGCAAUAUCUUGUCAGAACCAAAAUUUCUAUGCACUUUUUAGGUCGUUAUUUCUUCAGAACUAACCGUUAUUUACAGUAAAAACAAUAAUACCUUACCAGAACCAAAUUUUCUAUAUAGUUUUUAGGUCGUUACCUCCUAAGAUCCAACCGUUAUUUGCAGUAAAUAUAGAAAUACCUUGUAAGAACAACAUUUCUAUGUAGACUGUAGGUCUUUUCAUCUUCAGAACCAACCAUUAUUUACAGUCAAAACAACAAUACCUUGUCAGAACCAAAUUUUCGAUGUAGACUUACUUUAGGUCGUUACCUCCUCAGAACCAACCGUUAUUUCCAAUAAAUAUGGCAAUACCUUGUCAGAACCAAAUUUUCUAUGUAAACUUAAAGUCGUUACCUCCUCAAAACCAACCGUUAUUUACAGUAAAACCAUCAAUACCUUGUCAGAACCAAAUUUUCUAUGCAGAUUUUAGGUCGUUACCUCCUCAGAACCGACAGUUGUUUACCUUUAAGAGAAAGGCAAAACCUUGUGAAAAGAAGAAUGCCUUGUCAGAACCAAAUUUUUAAUGUUUUAUUUUUGGUCGUUACCACCGUUAUUUACCUUAAAAAAAGCAAAACCUUGUGAAAAAAGAAUACCUUCGUCAGAACCAAAUUUGCAAUCUAGAUUGUUGUUGUUACAUCCCUAUUCACCAACCAUUAUUUACCGUAAAUACUACCAACCUUGUCGGAUUUAUUUAGAUUAUCUAUAAAUUCUAAAAAAAAUACCACAUAAAUGAAAUUUAAGCACAUUGUUAAUCUCCAGAUACUUAGUUUUAAAAAUCAUUCGCAUAGAUUUCUUGACAUAUAGAAUAUCAUUUUCAUUUGCAAAUUCUUCUUACAUAGAUAAAAGUAAUCUCAACUAAGCAACUGUUGGGCUUAUAAUAAACAUAUCAUCAACAUAAGUAAAAUUAUAUUUAAACGCUAUGUCGUUUCUCUAAUUACCGUUUGAUAUAUUAAUGAAUAUGUUAACUCGCCCAUGCAAAAUGUUGUUUGGAUUAUUUUAAUUUAUUGAAUAAUGCACACUUUUAUAGUGAUUGGGUUAAAAUUCAAGGUUAUUUGUGGUGUCCAUUUAAAUUAAAUACUAUGAUACGUAAAAAAUUAAAAUGUCCAAACGAAUGCCACUAUUUAUGCAUAUUAAGAGAAAGGGUUAUUUUGAUAAAUGAAUAUUGAAAAAAAAAACCAAACACAUUUUAAAAGCAAAUUCAACCAAGUUCCUCUAUUGUUAGCUCAGGGUGUGCCUUAGAGGAAUAAGAAAAUAAAUAUAAAAACUUUAUAAAUAGAGAAAAUGUAGUGCGGUGAGAAGAUAAAGAAAUUCAAAAGAAACUUAUUCAUGAAAUGAAAGUUUUAUACUAUCUAGAAAUAAUCCACUAGCAAUUUAAAAAAAAGAUAUUUUCAUCUUUGAAGGUAUUGCUCGCAAAAUUGCAAACUGCUGAAUACUCUAAAUCAUCUUGUAAUGAGAAAAUUCAGCAAAUUAUAAACUACACAAUACACUACAAUAUAUUAUGUUUAUUCCAAUUAAGGUAUAUCAGGGGGCCAUGACAUAGAUACAGAUACUGCUAGGACUGUAGGAUGGUUUAACAUCAAACCUAAUCUCUGUAUUCAUAAUCAAAUGUGUACAUCUCUAGUAACCGUCCAUUCAUCUUUCUUUUGAUGAAGUUGGGAAAAGGGGGGAGGGUUUGGUUCUUCCGGAAAAUGAAUAUUUUUGAUGCAACUUGAAUAAAAAUGAUUGUUUAAACACGACGCGCGAACGGGUGCAACAUGUAUCAUCAGCGUCAGUUAGCGUUUAUUUUCGAUUAAUGAGUUUGAAUGUCCCUCUGGUAUCUUUCGCCCCUCUUUUUUUACCGCUGCCCUACCCUGAUAGUUUAUUUUUAACUGAUUCACGCCUAGAUAGAUUGAAUGUUGAUUGUUGGUAUUUUUAGCACUAGAUAUAAAUAUAUAUUUUCAAAAAAUGAAAACAUCAUGUUAUAAAUUUAGUGCGUCUGAAGCGCUUUUCUGGAUUUACCUUCAUCAGGAACGCUCAAAAGCCCAAUAUUUGAAAGCAAAGAUGUAUAAAAAUCGAUUUCAAGAUUUGUGCAAAGAUAUUGAUAAAAGACAAAAAUUAUUAACGAAUAUGAUUAAAUAAAAUUAUAUUUACACAUAUAUCGGCACAAAAAAGGCCUUCGUAAGUAUAAAGCUGUUUUCAAAAUGUCAUACAACAAUUAAUUUCUUUUUGUGUAAAAAGAGGCCACUCAUAUGUUUCUUUGUAUUUUAAAUUGCAAUCCUACAUUUUAUCGACAAAAUGAAACUAAACACCAAGAAGGUGCACUAAAAUGUGUAUUUUUGACAUCUCAAUAUUUUGUUUAAUAUUUCUUAUUUGUUUGAAAUAAUCACUAUAGUUCACGUUGAUAAAAAUGGAACCAAUAUUAAUUCUUUGUGUGUUUACCUAGGAAAAAUAAUCCCAGAAAUUUUAAGUUACCCUUUUUACCAACAUAUAUAUAUAUUAUGAUAUAAUUUGAUACAUUCUAAUUUGAAUAACCCACAUAUUUUGUGUGUAUCGUACGGUGGUUCAGCUUUAUCUCGCAUUGCAGUUCCGUUACGGAUAUCUGUAAAAUGUUUAACAAUUUGAAGAACUGCUGAAUAUUAUAUAUUGGUUUAAGAUUAUGGAAUAAUUUUAAUAUAUUGAAAUAUAUUGAAAGCGUCGUUAAUUUAAUUUCAUUGAAGAUCACCAGUGUUUCUAAGACUUAUCGUAAAUUUGUAAUAUAUUUUUAUUUAACAAUUUUAUUUUUAUAGUUAUUUGUGCCUUUCGAUAUCCUUUGGUUUUUUUUUCAUUUGGAUACACACCGUCUCGCAUAUUGAGUUUCCGGUCUAUUCUAAAACAACACCCUUAUAAAGGGAUAACAAAUUGACUAAUUUACAUCUUUUACUAACAACAAAAUAGCGUUUUAAUCACGUGUUUUUUUGUAAAUGCAGAAUUUUUUAAAGAGUAAAUUCAAUGACUUUAGGUUCAUCUCAUUCUAGAUUCAAUAUGCAGCUAUCUUAUCGUCAGUAUAUGCCCUAGUCAUGAUAAUCGUUUUAAUUGGCGUAACAAGAGAUGCUGUAAAUGAGGGAUGGUGUUCAAUAACAACCGUUUUCCUCCUAUUUGUUGCUGGAAUUUUUGUCAUCACAGCUUUACUUCAUCCCAAAGAAUUAUUUUGCUUAAUACCAGGCCUAUUAUAUUUCGUGGCCAUCCCAUCCAUGUCUAUGCUGAUGUUUUUCUAUUCAAUUGGAAACAUGCAUGUUGUAUCAUGGGGAACUAGAGAAUAUGAGCAGGUGUCGAAAAGCAAUAAAGAAAUAAUGGACAGUGGAUAUUUUUGUUCGUUCGGAAAUUUUAUAAGUUGCAUGUUAUGUGCUGAUAAUAGCUACAAGAAAGAAGACUUUUUGAAUGCAGAAAUGAAUAAAAGAAUAGCAAAAGAUAAAACAGAAAAGACACCAUCUGAAGAUAUAGGAAUACAAGUGGAAAUGAGCAGCAGCCAGUCAACAAUAGACCAGGAAACACAAACAGAUGUCAACAGUGUACCGUUUGUAAAUAAAGAGAUACAAGUGGACCUUCCCCUCUUACCAAAACAAACAAAAAACAAAAGGAUGCAGGUCGUAAUGUUUUUCGAGAAGUAUUCACAAGACAAGUUUAAAAAAGACCAAACCUUGCACAGGAUCAAUGAACAAGAAGAUCCAUCACAACAAUGGCCUGAAUUAUGGGAGGACGACAAAUAUCAUUUGUAUUUUAAUGAUUACGUUCCUAAAAUAGAAACAUCGGAAUUUAAAUUUUGGGAGCGGAACAUUAGUAGAUACUUAAAGCCAAUACAAAGAGACCAUGCAACCGAGCAACAGCUUCAAUGUAACUUGCUAAGUUUGCGUAAUCGAGUGAGUUUGUUUGUGUUUUUGGUGAAUGCGGUCCUUGUUACUACAAUGUAUAGUUUGACUCAGGCAAAUACAUUUAAAGAUUCUUUAGCCAUUAAAAUCGAAUGUUCAAGUAAAAACCUGCAGAUCGCUCCCAUAGCAUUAUUAUUUACAAUAGUUUUUGGAUUCCUGCUUCUCCUCCAAUUCCUCUGCAUGCUAUAUCAUCGAUUUUCAACUUUAAUCCACAUUACAGCUAGCACAAGCUUAAUCCAUAGUAAAGAAUAUUUACUUGAAGUAGCAUAUAGAGAACUAUUGGAAUCCCUUAUGUCUCCUGGUCAUUAUCAUAAAAGAUCAGAGGAGAUUAGUAAAUCAGAUAAAGACAGAGAGUUACUUGCAACGCAAAGAAAGAUUGACAUUCCAAAACAUGAAAAAAUGGAAAGUAUUGGGGAAAUGGUAACAAAAAAUAUCGAAAGUUCCAAACUUAAAUCUUUGCCAGAAGCAGUAAAAAUUCUCGGCGUCAUCAAAACUUGGCAAAAGAAAAUAAAACAUCCAGCGAAAGAUAGCAUUAAGACAUCCGACGCGCAUCCCCGUGAUAAUGAAGCAGAAACGUCCAUAAAACCAGUUCAUGACCAUGUUGAAGACAAAGAAACUGUAGUCAAAACAGUAUACUGAGAUUUACAAUUUAUUUUGAGUAUUCUAGGAUGUUACUUGAGGACAAAUAACGAACAACAAAGUUAAGAAUAAAAAUUUUGAGAGAUGAAAAUGAUAUAUGUGUAUGUAAAGCAUGUAUGUAUGUGAAUGUGCAAGUUAUUAUGUGAAAUAUUUUGAAGAUUUAAAAUUAUUUUUUUACUUAUUCAUUAGUAUAAUGAAAUGUUAUGUACGGUUUUAGUAUACCCUGUUAAAAAAGACUACGAGCGAAUUUAACAAAGCAGUUCAAACCAUGAUUGACAACGCCAUAACGAAAUAAAAUUCUGGAAAAAGUAAAAAGAAAAGAGCUGACAGAAGCCCACAAACAUUCGACUAAAUCCUAUAGUUUAAAUUUUAAAAGGGACAAAAAGAGCGACCAUCGAGUUUUCAAAAGUUGGGAAAUCUUUAUGUCGCUUGUUUUUCAAAAUUAAUACAACACAUUGGCUACUUAUUCACCAAGAAGUAAAUGAGAAUUCAAUUGCGGUUACUGAUAUCAAAUAAUAUUUUCGAACAUGCAUUUCUGACACAUAUCAGUUAAUAGCCAAUUAACUAGUCACUGGCUAAAGAUUUCGGUGAGAUCAUUCAAAUUUGACCAUUAAGAAAUUUUUAGUAAAGUAUCUUGUAACAUUUUUGCGCCUGUCCCAAGUCAGGGGCCUCUGGCCUUUGUUAGUCUAGUAUGUUUUUUAAUUUUAGUUCAUUUAUAUGUUUUGGAGUUUUAGCACACAAUUUUAGUUAGGGGUCAGCUGAGGACCACCUCCGGGGGCGGGAUUUCCUCGCUGCAUUGAAUACCCAUUGCUGGCCUUCGGCUGUUGUCUGCUCUUUGGUCGGGUUGUUGUCUCUUUGACAUAUUCCCCAUUUUCAUUCUCAAUUUUAUUUUUAUGAUUCUAUUUGGUGCAAUGAAAUGUCAUCCAUGUUACGCAUCUGUAUAGUAUACAGCAAAAUGAAUUGUUUAAACAGUUAAACCGAGACUUCGGUAAAAUAUUUCAUAUCACUACUACGAUUAUGAUAUCAAUUAUAGAUCAUGAUUUUUGAUGAUGUAUGUCUCACAUAUAAGUUUUCUUGUAGCCAAAACUUUUUUUUCAGAACAAAAGUUUCGUUCCUCACAAAGACAAGUUGUAUGCAACUGUAAUUUUCAAUAGCUUUAAUGAACAAAGUUUAAUGAAACAUUUCAAUCUUUUUGUUAGAAUAUAUUAAUCUAAUCUAGUAUUAAUUAGAAGAAACAGUAGUUAAUAAGUGUUCAAAUCUCUUAAGUAUAUUAAGAAAAUACGAGAUAUAAAACGAAAAUAAGGGAACGAACUCCAGAAGAACAAGACCGCGUUCGUAAACAAACUAAACAACUCUUGCGAUGCACGAAUCACCCACCAUGCAGACUCCCCAUUCAGUAAAAAUGUUAGAAUUGGGAAACGCUCGGGCUGCAGAAACAUUUAUCAGUGAUUUGGAACGGAAAAAUGAACGGCAAAAUUCCAAAUAUUGUAUAGGUAACACUUGCAGGAAAGGGAGAGGUUUUGAUAACUUUGACUCAUACAUGAUUUACCAAAAAUUAAAAUUCCAAAGCCACUUUUCACAAAACAAGAAAAGAUGAAAAAGACGUUUAAUGCUGUCUGAAAAUGUAAAUAUGCAGUUACAUUGCAGUCCAAACAUAAGAUUUCGAUAUCAGCUGUGAAUUAAGGAUUGAAGCUGUAACGUUAUAUAUGUUACUAGGUUAAGUCUCUAAUGCAUAUUGUAAUGUAUUUCCUAUCACGAUUUCUUUGAUAGAGAGUUGUUGCUCACACGGAAGCUAUUAAACCAAGAGUUCCAGGUGGUGAAGUUAAAAUCGUCCCUUCGUAAAUUUUACCGUCGCCAUCACGAGUCGGUUAACUGUUAUGGAAUUUCCGUUUCAUAGAUGACAACGGAUAUGUUCCAAUUGUCGUACCUACAAUCCCGUCCCCUAUUCCCGAAUGUGACCUAUCGAAUUAGACUUAUCAUCGGGUUUGUACAAAAAUGAGCAACAUGACGGGUGACAAAUGUGGAGCAGGAUCUGCUUACCCUUCCGGAGCACCUGAGAUCAAUACCCAGUUUUUGGUGGGUUUCGUGUUGCUCAGUCUUUAGUUUUCUAUGUUGUGUUUUUUGUACUGUUGUUUGUCUGUUUGUGUUUUUCGUUUUUAGCCAUGGCGUUGUCAGUUUAUUUUUGACUUGUGAGUUUGAAUGUACCUUUGGUAUCUUUCGCCUCUCUUUUAGUUUGCAACUGCCAACAUCUUCCUUUGAACUAUUUGAAACAUCUAGUUACUAUUAUUAGUUUUCAUGCAGAUACUAAUUACUCAUUUCAAUUUAUGUCUCCACUUUUUCUGUAGCAUGUAUAUUUUCUUUUAGUCGAUGAAAUCAUAAUUGGUGUCGACUUUUAAAUCCAUAAAUGAAUAAAACUGCUUUUCUUUUGUCUAUUUUGUUGAACAUUUUAAUUUAAAUAAGCCAACCAAAACUAAAUAGCGAAGUUUAUACCUCUGAUUCAUAGUUGGUCUUAUUUCCAAUUUUUGUCGUGUGACAAAGGCCUUUUUUCUCAAAUGCUUAAUGUCGUCACUCUCUUGCUUGAUAUGCUUUUACUGUUGAUGAACCAUUGCAAGAAGAUGUAUCGCAAAUAUUAUUUCCUCAUAUUUUAACCAAAUGUCUGUGUUUUUGGUUUGUACAUUUUUACACGUUUGCUGACAGAAUGAAUUGUUUUUGGCAGUAUAUACUGUUUUGGUUGUAUAUUUAUUAUCAUGUGUUAUUUAUAUCGGUUUUAUAGAGUGAAGAAAUUUAGGUGUUUAUUGAUUCAGUCAUUAAAAAUUGAAAGGCUUGUUUUUCAAUGUGAGUUCAUGAUGGUAAAAGUGUUAUCUUAUAUACACAAUUAGUUUAUAUAUAUAUACAUUUGAAAUGAAGAUUAUGUAAUCAAGACUUUUGAAACCUAUACCAUUUGCUUUCAAAUAUAGAAUUAUACUUUAUUAUUUACUGUUUUGUGAUUUGUGUAUUGAAAAUAUUUUAGACAUUUAUCUAUAUUUCAUUAUUUAUUAUAGCUAGUGUGUUAUUUUUAUAUGCAUAUAAAUUAAAUGACAAGAAAUUGUUAUUAUACCCUUUGCCUUUCAUAAAAUGGUAUAUCAUAAUCUGACACUACUAAAGUUUUACGAUCAUUAUCAAUCAGUAAGUCGAUUAAUCGUGUCUCUGUCAUAGUUCCCAACGUCUAUAAAAAAAGGAGAACAUGUCUUACUUGGAUGAACAGGCAUUGAAUAAAAAGAGUUUGCAGUUAUGAUCACAUACUUUGUUUAUGUAAGUAAAUUAUUUUAAAUGAAUAGCACAUUGUGUAAACGGGAAUUCUAAAAUAUUUCAGUUUCAUCAAUGUUAAUAUGAAGAUGAAAAUUAUAGAGCAGUACAUUAGUACUUGUCGCAGUUAACAUAAAUGAAUAGAUUACCUUAUCUGUAUUUGGAAAAACCUCUCGAAAUUUUAAGUCCCCAAUGCUCUUCAACUACGUACUUUAUUUGGCUUUGUUUACCUUUUUGAUUCGAGCGUCUUUUGUGGAUGAUCGGAACACGCAUCUGGCGUACAAAACUUUACUCCUGGUAUCUAUGAAUAGUUUAUUGAAAUGAUUUUAGAUUGCUUUAGAUUUUAUUUCUUUUUUGUGAUGUUUUUAUAAUAAAUAGUUUGCAAUA